AUCUCACAUAUAAUUGUGAUUGUAUAAUGUAUAAUGGUCCAGGGUUUCUUGUCGACUACCUCCAACCACCAUCUAAUCUCAAUAUAAAGUGGACGCAGUGUCGACUCACCUAGACUGGUGGCCACAUUGCAACAUAGUCGAUAGCAUUCGAUUUGCACUAAAUAAGGACUUGACAGACAUGACAUUGAUCACCACCCAGUGAUCAAUCAAUUGUGAUUACAUCUCAGUCCUACAGGAGAUCGGUCGCGACUCGGAUAGCUCAGUGGUGACGUCUCUCACUGUGAAGUUGGGUGACACGAGAUCAAAUCCGCCAGGGAGCACCAGUUCCCUCAAGAUUACAGGUACACUUUGCUGACGAGUACCAUGUAGCACGAAACCCGGGUCCAGGGUUUCCUGUCGACUACCUCCAACCAUCAUCUAAGUUGGUUUUAUUUAAAGCUUAUGUUACUUGUUUUGUUAUGAUGUUUUUAUUUGGUGCAACAUCAUGUUGGUUAUUAUGGAUUUAUUUAAUUAUUAAAUUUAUUAAAUUAUUCUAUAUUAUUGGUAAUAAAUUAAUUAGUAAUGAUAAUAUUCUACAAAAUUCAUAUGAAUUUAUACAUAAUGAACAAUUAUAUGAUUUAUUUCGUCAAUUUAUUACAUUAUUUUUAAUUAUUAUUGUAUAUUGGAUAUAUUGGUAUAUUGAUAAAGGUUCCGAAGAGAAAGGUAGUCAUCCAAAAUAUUUUAUUAGAAAUUUAAUAAUAUGGAAAUAUAUAGCAUGUUAUUUUCCAAUUAAACUUGUUCUAAGUGAAUUAUAUCAAAAUAAUAAUAAUAAUAAAGAUAAUGAACCUACAUCUGAAUUAACUACACUCAAUGUUAUUACCAAUCAAAAUUGUCAUAAUGAUGAAGAUCAAAAUUCAAAUGAUAAAAUGUAUAUUGAAACAAUUAUAAAUAAACAAGAUUAUUCUACAAAUGAAAAUAAUUUAACAUGUAUAAAAGAAUUAUUUCCUACAAGUAAUAAUUAUCUAGUUGGUUAUCAUCCACAUGGAAUAUUUGGUAUUGGUGCUUUUAUUAAUUUCUUAACUGAAGCUAAUCAAUUCUCUGAAAAAUUUCCAGGAAUUACACCAUGGUUAACAACAUUGGAGAUUAAUUUCAAAGCGCCAUUUUAUCGUGAUUUUCUAUUGUCUUUUAAUCUUGUAGCAGCAACAUACAAAGGACUUUCAUAUCUCCUUGAUUCUCAACAAUGUGGAAAUACAGGAAAUUUCGUUGUCGUCGUUUUGGGUGGUGCUCCUGAAGCAUUAGAUUCACGUCCUGGGAAAUAUGUCUUCCACACUAACCGACGAUAUGGCUUUUUUAAGUUAGCAUUAAUGACUGGGUCGCACUUGGUACCGUGUGUAUCGUUUGGUGAACCGAAUAUGUUUAAACAAGUGUAUAAUCCUGAAGGGAGUUGCAUAAGACACUUCCAAAAUCGAUUUACGAAAAUGGCAACAUUCUCACCUCCUUUCUUUUAUGCUCGAUUUUUUCUGCCUUAUCGGACAGAUGUAAACACAGUCAGUAAGUUAAACAAAUAUAUCAUUUAAAAUAUUUACGACGUCAUGAACCAAUAUAAUACAGUGGUCACAAUAAAUUUUACUUAAUAUCAUUAGUAAUCUAUUCUAAUUAUCUCAGAUAAAUUGAACAACCAGUGAAAAUUUCACCAACAGAUGUGCCCAAUGGUUUAAUUGGACGUUCUAAAAUAGGACAGCUGCAAAUGCUAACACAACCCGUUGUCCAGUCUCUAAAUACUGUCAUUUCAAAGUCGCUAAGAUCUGAUUAAGGACUGGAAACAAGAGCCAGCGAUACUUAUCACAAUUCACAUGUCUUUUUCACUUCAGACCACAAGCUUCCAAAAUGAUUGGUUGGCUAUCUUACAAUUUAAUUUGAGUCUCGAAAUUACACCCAGAAUUCUCAUAUAUUUCCAAUAAUACGAAACUAGAAGGAAAACUACUGUCUAGCUGGUAUAAUGGCUACUGUUUGUUGUGGAAAGUCAAGUAUCUAAAACGCACUUAAUUAUUAUCUGUACAGUCAGAUUUUGCCAAUGUACCUUAACCGUUAACAAGAAAACCAUGUUAAGUACAUUCACUGGAAUGUAGCAAAACUGGAAUUCCGUUAGCAAUCUGAUAGAUUGUAAAACUACUAGUCUUCAAUAGAACACCAGAUUAGUAACCCAGAAGAUGUUAAAAUCCACUUAUAGUACAAAUACAAUCUAUAAACUAAGGUAAUCAAAAUUAUUGUUUAGGUUCUUGUCUCUUAACUACAAAAAUAGUCAUUCCGAUUUUCUAAAUGUCUUUUUUUUACCGAAAUAAAAAAGUUGGACGGCCAAUACCGUGUGAAA